AUGUCUGCUGAGAACUCGUCGCACGGCACCUUCGUGUUCCGAGGGUUCCCCACGCUGGACGAGCGGCGUUGGGUUCUGGCGCCGCCGCUGGUGGCCGCCUCUGCCUCGGCGCUGCUGGGCAACGCGCUUCUAAUUUAUGUCAUCGUCAGCGUGGAGCGUCUUCACAGCCCCAUGUACCUGCUGAUCUGCUCCCUGUGCGUGGUGGACCUCCUGGCCAUUAGCGCCAUCGUCCCCAGCACGGUCGUGGGUCUGCUUGUAGACCAGAACCGCGUGUCCCUGCCCGGCUGCCUGACGCAGAUGUUUGCCACUCACUUCCUGUCUUCGAUCGAGUCCACCCUGCUCCUGGCCAUGGCGCUGGAUCGCUACGUGGCCGUGUGCCACCCGCUGCGCUACAAGCAGCUGGUGGGCUGGCGAGCGCUGGUCACGUUGACGCUCUUCACGUUGGCCCGAAGCGGCGCCGUCAUGGCCACUCUGGUGGGCCUGGCGGGCUCGCUGCGGUUCUGCGCUUCUGACGUCAUCCACCACUGCUACUGCGACCACAUGGCGCUGGUCAGCCUGGCGUGCGGCGACACCGACCGUAGCGCCGCCGCCGGCGUGGCUGUUAUUGCAUGCUUCGUGGGCGUGGACAUCCCGCUCAUCAUCUUCUCCUACUUGAAGAUCCUGGGCGCCGUGGUGCGGGCAGCGGCCCCCGGGGAUGAGCGUCGUAAGGCCUUCCACACGUGCGGCACCCACCUGAUGGUGAUGAUGGUCUUCUACCUGGUGGGCAGUGUCACCUUCCUGUCGCACAACCUCGGUCUCGGUAUCCCUACUGACGCCAACAGCGCCAUGGGGCUCCUCUACAUCCUUAUCCCAGCCGCCGCCAACCCCAUCAUCUAUGGCGUCCGCACGGCAGAGAUCAGGAGUGGCUUCUACAGACUCAUCGGCUUUGGGGACGCCGCCGCGGUCAAGGUCUCGCCCGCCAACACCGCCGUCUCGAUGUAAAGGCACUAUGGGUGCUCACAGUCGUGUGACAAAAUGGCCCCGCCACCCUCAUCUCCCUGGCUAAGAAUGUGCAUGCGUGUCAACAGCUUUUCCAAUAAAAAUAAUUUUUUUAUUUCUUUCUUUACAAGUCCCACAUUUGUCUUUCAGUGAAAGCAAACAGGGUGAAGUGUUGUGCUGAGUAUCAAAGCAACCAAGAAGAGCUCCAGUGUGCUGAACAUGAUUAGCUGACGGAGAACUUCUUAGUUAGAUUGUUCAUUCCAGAACCUGUUCAAACCCUUUCAAACACUAUAGAGCUAGACAGAAAGUGACACAA